GGAGCACUCACAGCUAGAGGAGAGGACUGGGAAAGUGAGGAGAGAAAAACACUGAAACUGGCUGCUGAGGAUGUGCUGGCAGGCAAGAAAUACUCCCCGUGACCACAGCUAGGUUGGCAGUGGGAUGGAUGGAGUGACGGAGCUGCCUGAGCCACGAAAGCAGGAGCUGAGAUGAAGGCUGCUGGGAAGACUUUGUGUGUUUUUAUGUUGCUCACCAUCACCAAGGUCAUGGAAACAGCAGAGAACAAGAGUGUGCCAGUGACCAUAGGUAACAGCAUUGUGCUCCUCUGCAAUCCCAAACCAAAUGUCACCACAGUAACAUGGAAAAUAGGCCCCAAGGUUGGAGGCCCCUGCACCUUGGGCUACAGGGCUGAUCAGAACAAGACAGACAGAACAAACUGCAGUGACAGCAUGAACUGGAAAUACAGACCAGACUGGGAUCCUGCUCUUGAGAUACGACAAGUGGGAAUAGCCCAUGAGGGAGAGUACACUUGUGAAGUAGCAGGACCAGAUGGGUAUUUCACCGACACGUACCACCUGAGUGUGCUGGUCCCUCCCAGACUGAGCCUGUUCUGUGAUGACCUCGGGAACCCCACGUGCGAGGCAGUGGCAGGGAAGCCGGCUGCCCAGAUCUUCUGGGCCUCGGGGGGCAACUCCACCUCCAAGCUGGAAGGCCAUGACGAAGGGACAGUGACUGUCCUCAGCAAGUUCAGAGCCUACAGCACCAGCACCAAGCUGACUAACACAACCUGCAUCAUGUCCCACCCAGCAGGAAACCAGAGCAAGUCCAUCGAUUGUUAUCCCCCAGGGAACAACGACUCUACCCUCCUUGCCUGCAUCAUUUCUGGUUUACUGAGCAUUAUCAUUUUCAUGGCUGUUAUUUACUAUUUUAAGCUCCGUGGUGACAGAAAAUGCUACAAAACCGAACCUCCUGAAGCUGCUCCUACACAUUCCCUACAGGAUGACACCAUGGAAGUGGAACCUUAUACUACUUAUGUGCAGAAGGAAAACAUAAUUUACAACUCAGUGUCUGAUCUGACAGUGGGGCAGAAUAUUCCACAAGGAUUGUUGCCAGCAACAUGAAUUAUUCAACAACACUGGACAAGGGGAACAUUUUAUAAAAGACCAGUUAUAGAAAGAAAACUAUCGGAGGACUUAUUCAGAUUUUGGGGCAACAGAGCUCACUAGUUUUGUUUAAAAUUCUGUGCUUGCUGAUGAAUCUGUCUUUUUGUCCCUGUCUUGCCGCCUUCUUUGGGAAAGAAAAGAGGUUUCCUGCUAUCCCUUAGGAAAACUGUCUGACCUCAUGCCAUACUAUUUCCUGGAGAAGUUUGCAUCAGUCUACUGUCUGCUCUUCUUGCCUUGGAGAUCCUACUUACAUCAGUCACUGCUAAGCAUCACUGUGAUACACUUGACAGUAUGUUGCACAUGUUUGGGAGAUGAGAAGAGUCUUAAGUCUGAACUAAACUGGAAUUCAGUCCUCACCCCCUUCUUUUUCUAAAUCACAAAUGACUAACUUGGUCACCUGGGUACUGAUCAGCACAGAAUAGCUCAAGUGGCAGAAGACAGUGGUAUGAAAGAUCUUUAAUUCCCCAAUUCUGAACAUGGAAAUAAGGGAUGGAUUUAGAAGGUCUUCCACUAAGAAAGGGACUUCAAUAGCACGAUUAAUUUACUUUUUAGGUUCACAUUCAGUAUUUCCACUAAUCUUGUUCUUUCUGAAUUUCAGAUAUUGUUCUGAUUACUUUUAUGUAUGAUUCUCUGAAGACAGGGUAUUCCUCUCUUUCUUAAUACUGGCAUUAAGAUACUAUAAAAUAAUUAUGUUAGUCAAAUCUGGUAAGCUACUUUUAACAGAAAGAAACCUCAAAUA